AUGAGAAAUUACAUACACGAUGCUGGUGGAUUAGUUUUGACAUACCUCUCGGGUAAACUUCAUGAAUUUGGAGCUUUUUCUUUGUUUUUGCGUUUGAAUCUGGAGGCUAAGAUGGUGGAAGUCUUCCUCCUCAUGUCUAUCAAUUGUGGCACCAAAAUCGAGCAUGCUGCAAGUUCGAUUUCUUUAUCCUCGACCGAAUGUAUACUGAUACUAAUCCAGCAAACAGUCACAAGGCUCGCGCGUGCCAAACAUGGAAUGCUGCUAGCUAUUGAAUACGAAAGUGCUGCCAGAAGUCUACAAUAUGACUGCAACUACAGGUUGAUCUUCGAGCCGGGCCCUCUGGAGUAG